GCGUUGCCUGGCGAGUUAGGAAAUACAAUUGUUGCUGGUCGGUCCAGUAUUGAAGUACGUGAGGGAACUUUUGGAGAGUUUCUGUAACCUUCCUCACAAAUAACACGCAUUUAAACAAACAAAUGGAAACCAACGAAACAGACGGAACGGGUGUUAAAUAUUAUCGAUUGUCAGAGGUGGAGGAACGGAACUCUUUUAAAAGCACAUGGAUUAUCAUUCAUAAUAAAGUGUACGACGUCACAAAGUUUCUCGAGGAGCACCCGGGUGGAGAGGAGGUGCUGCGAGAGCAGGCGGGUGGAGAUGCCACAGAGAGCUUUGAAGACGUCGGCCACUCGACAGAUGCACGUGAGAUGGCCAGCUCUAUGGUCAUAGGAGAGCUGCAUCCUGAUGACAGGGACAAGCUUGCCAAACCACCAGAAUCACUUGUAACGACCGUACAAGAAAGCACAAGCUGGUGGUCAAACUGGUUGAUACCUGCUGUCGCCGCAGUAAUCGUCACGUUGAUGUACCGUAUAUACACGGCAGAGGAGGCAUGAUGGGAUGUUUCUCUCGCUCUGCCUACAACUACAGUACCCAUAAUCCAUUUCAGGUUUUCCCAUUACCAUAAAGAUUCUACUAAUGAAGGCAACUUUUGUGUUAGUUUCAGUGUUUAUUGUCUCAUAUCCCUUGAGAUUUAAAUACUGAUAUAUGCAGAUGUUUUUAUGAUAUAUCAAAGGAUAUUUUAGAUCUAGCAUUAUAAAUAUGCAUACUAAAGAUGAAGUUUUCAUUGUCUAAUUGUUUUCUGUUGUGUAAUACUGUGUAUACCAUUUAUUCAGUUGAAAUGUCCUGAAUAUGAUCACAUACAUAAAGACAACAUUUUGUUCCUCAUUUAGUCUCACUUCAGAUAUUGUUAAUCUUCAUGUCAUUGCAAGUUGAUUGUACUUGGUCCAGAGAGAAAUGAUACAAACGUACAAAUUCUUAACAAGAGAAUGAAUAAAAUGCCAGAAUGCAAAAAAAUCUGGUAAUUAUUUAGUAAUAAAUAUGCCAAUUCUGACGGAUUCACUGGAUAUUCUGCGAAAUUAUUUAUUGCUAGCAGAGUGAAUCUGAUGAUAUGCAUAUUUAUCCCCAAAAUCAAAAGUUCCAAAAAAUUGAAAUUAGAUUUUGCAGAAACAAUAAGUGAAGAUUAUUUGUAGGGUCAUACACUUAUUUUGCAUGAUCAUAAUGAGAGUGGGAAGGGAUUUAGUUUAAUUGUCAUAAAUUAUCUUUCUAUUUCAUAUUUUUCUUUUGAAUUUGGGGUGAAAUAUGAACCGGACAUGUUCAACAUGUGAUUGUACACAACCUAACCAAAAAUCUCAUUAUGUGCUUAGACAAUCAGCUAGAAGUCACCACAUGUUAAUAUCUGUAGUGAAGAGCAACACGGUUAGAAUCGUAUUUUUGGCUGUCGGUUACACAUUGAUGUACCAUUUAAAUGCAUAUCAAUGUACCACCAUAAACGGUGCUUAUACAUUCCCUUUUUUUUUCUUGAACUAAAAU